AGUUGGUCUCCUCAACGGACAGGAACUUUCCUAGUUCUUCCUUAUCUCCUCUUAUAAAUCCACCCAUAGUCGUUUCCGAGGAUUUCUUGUUAUUCAAAAUCUUGUUUCUGAUCUCGUUUUUCUCUGAAAUAUGGAAUACAGACCAUUAGAACUCACAGUGAUAUCUGCUAAAGAUAUCAAAGAUGUUAAUCUCUUCGGGAAGAUGGACGUCUACGUCGUUGUUACUCUCGGCGGUGAUCCCCGUACGAAGCAGAAAACCCCAAUCGAUAAAGAUGGUGGGAGGAGCCCUAAUUGGAAUUUCAAGAUGAACUUCAACAUCGAUGAAGUCGCUGCUCAGAAAGGGGGUCUUGUUCUCGUCUUUCAACUAUUUUCGGAUCGUAGUCUUGGUGGCGAUAAAGAAAUCGGCGACGUACAUGUCCCCGUUAAGGAGCUACUCGAAAGCGCCGGUAAAGGAAAUUCUGCUCAAUCUGUUACUUAUCAGGUCAGGAAACCUUCUGGUAAAGCCAAAGGUCAGUUGAAUUUCUCUUAUAAGUUCAGCGAUAAAGUCACUGCUCCGGCAUCGGCGGUAUCAAAAGCAGCUGAACCCAUUACCGCCUACCCAGUUGCUGCAGGGACCAGCGCGGCUUAUGCUGCAUAUCCGGCACCUGGAUCUAGUAGUGCGUAUCCUCCGCCGGGGGCUGCGGGUUAUCCACCUUACCCGCCGCAGCCGCAAGGAGCGUAUCCACCGCCAGAGGGAUAUCCAAAGCCGGUGGCAGGGUAUGGGUACCCACCGCCAGGGGCGUAUCCAUACCCUCCACCUCAACCAGGUUAUGGGUAUCCACCGCAGCAGGGUUAUCCGCCUGUGCAGCAGCCGCAAAAGAAGAGUAGGCUUGGGUUGGGAGCUGGAUUGCUGGGAGGAGCACUUGGAGGUCUUUUGAUAGGGGAUUUGAUUGCUGAUGCUGGUCAUGGUGGUGGUUGCGGUGGUGGUGGCUGUGGUGGUGGUGGUUGUGGUGGUGGUGGUUGUGGUGGUGGUUUUUAAUUUCUGAUAUUUUCCUUUUUUUCCUUCCUUCCUUGGCUGUAUGUAACUGAUUUGGGCUUUACGAACUUUACACUUGCAUAGAAUUUGGUUGAUCGCUUGGCAGAUUUUGGAUC